GAGCGAGCGAACGAGCGGGCGGGGGGGGGGAGAGGGAGGGUGAGCUGGGUCCGCCUCGGCCGCCGCCAAGGAACGAUCUGGGCGGCAGCGGGCGGCCCCAGGCAGCGGCCGCGAGCCACUUCUGCGGGUACCGGGAAGAGCUAAGGUUGCCGGUCUCGAGUCGUCCCCCUCUCCGCCCCCCAGGAGGGGCGAGAGGGAGCCGCGGCUGAUGUCAGAAAUACACUUUCGGGAAAUGGCCUCUAAAUCUUGGCUGAAUUUUUUAACCUUCCUUUGUGGAUCAGCAAUUGGAUUUGUUUUAUGUUCUCAGCUAUUGAGUAUUUUGUUGGGAGAACAGGGUGAUACCCAGCCUAAUAUUCUUCAUAAUGAUCCUCAUGCUAGGCACUCAGAUGAUAAUGGACAAAAUCAUCUAGAAGGACAGAUGAACUUCAAUGCAGAUUCUAGCCAACAUAAAGAUGAGAACACAGACAUCGCUGAAAACCUCUAUCAAAAGGUUAAAAUUCUUUGCUGGGUUAUGACAGGGCCUCAAAAUCUAGAGAAAAAGGCCAAACAUGUCAAAGCUACAUGGGCCCAGCGUUGUAAUAAAGUGUUGUUUAUGAGUUCAGAAGAAAAUAAAGACUUCCCUGCUGUGGGAUUAAAAACCAGAGAAGGCAGAGACCAAUUAUACUGGAAAACAAUUAAAGCUUUUCAGUAUGUUCAUGAUCAUUAUUUAGAAGAUGCUGAUUGGUUUAUGAAAGCAGAUGAUGAUACAUAUGUUAUACUGGAUAAUUUGAGAUGGCUACUCUCAAAAUACAACCCUGAAGAACCCAUUUACUUUGGGAGAAGAUUUAAGCCCUAUGUAAAGCAGGGCUACAUGAGUGGAGGAGCAGGAUAUGUACUGAGCAAAGAAGCCUUGAAGAGAUUUGUUGAUGCAUUUAAAACAGACAAAUGUACACAUAGUUCCUCCAUCGAAGACUUAGCAUUGGGCAAAUGCAUGGAAAUUAUAAAUGUAGAAGCGGGAGAUUCCAGAGAUACCGUUGGAAAAGAAACUUUUCAUCCGUUUGUACCAGAGCACCACUUAAUCAAGGGUUAUCUACCUAGAACCUUUUGGUAUUGGAAUUAUAACUAUUAUCCUCCUGUAGAGGGUCCUGGUUGCUGUUCUGAUCUUGCAGUUUCUUUUCACUAUGUUGAUCCUACAACUAUGUAUGAGUUAGAAUACCUCGUUUAUCAUCUUCGUCCAUAUGGUUAUUUAUACAGAUAUCAACCUGCCUUACCUGAGAAUAUACUAAAAGAAAUAAGUCGAGCAUACAAAAAUGAAGACCCAAAAGUAAAAUGAGAACUCUUGAAAGAAAAACAUAAAUGAAGAGACCCUCUUAGGCUACUAAAUCCUCAGAUUUACCAAAUGGAAAACUGGUGUUCAGAAGUCAAAUGACUCAGAACAAGUGAAGCAGAACUGAAUGGUGAGAUUGAACCUGAGUCUGAAGUUUGAAAACACAUCAAGAUCCAGUCUUCUUAAUAAUAUACUUACUUAGAGGGUAGAAAGACAAAAAACUACUGGGUGCACAUAGUUUUAAUUUAAGAUCACCAGUGACUUCAUUUAGGGCUAAUCAGUUACCUCAUAAUAAUGUAAAAUAGUGCUUAUUAAAGAAUAUUAAUAGAAUUUUUGCUGUAUAUUAAAUAGUAGAAAUUUGUCUUACUAAUUCAGUAGUCAUUAUAAAUCCUAAACUUAGAGUGUAUUUUCUAAAUUUACUCUAGUAACUCUAGAUUACUGCCUAGAAUUACUUAAAACUCACUUUGUCAGGGUGUCUUUAAAAGGGUUUUCUUUUUUCCCCUUUGCAUCUAAAACUUUUGAUGUAAAAUUA